AUGGGAGACCAGCAGCUGGACUGCGCUUUAGAUUUGAUGAGGCGUUUGCCACCUCAACAAGUAGAAAGAAAUUUGAAUGAUCUAAUUGAUUUGUGUCCUCGCUUGGUGGAUGAUUUGUUGAGUGCGGUUGAUCAGCCGCUAAAAAUUGCUCGUGAUAAAGAAACAGGAAAGGAAUACCUCCUUUGUGAUUAUAAUAGAGAUAGCGAUAGUUAUCGCUCACCAUGGUCCAAUACUUACGACCCACCAUUGGAAGACGGUGCUGCCCCAUCAGAUAAACUCCGUAAGCUGGAAAUUGAAAUGAAUGCUGCAUUUGAGGCUUAUAGAGAUGCAUAUUUUGAGGGUGGCGUGUCCUCAGUGUACUUCUGGGAUUUGGAUUAUGGUUUUGCAGGCGUUGUUUUAAUCAAAAAAAUUGGAGAUGGUUUGCGUAAUAUACAGGGUUGCUGGGAUUCAAUCCAUGUAAUCGAGAUACAAGAAAAAGCUGGUGGAAGGCAUGCUCAUUACAAACUUACAAGUACAGUGAUGCUUUGGCUACAAAUGACUAAACAAGCAAGCGGUAUGAUGAAUUUAGGAGGAUCAGUUACGCGACAGGUUGAAGCUGACCACCCGGUAAACGAUUCUACAAAUACCCAUCUUAUUAAUAUUGGCAAAAUGAUAGAGGAUAUGGAGAGUAAAAUUCGAUCAACUUUAAAUGAAGUUUAUUUUGGAAAAACCAAGCAAAUUGUUGGUGAAUUACGGACCACACUUGAUGCUGAGGAGCUGAAACGACAAAAGAAAAUUGCAACGGAGAUAAAAGGAGGUAUUGGCAAGUGA